AUGGAGCAGCCAGAGGAGCCGCUCGGUGACGGGGAUGGGGGGAUGGUGCCCGGCGCCCACGGAGACUCCAUGAAGUCCACAGAGACUGAUACCCCUGACAACCUGGUGACAUCACCACUGCUGCCCCCAUCACCUGGCCUGGACUGGCCCUGGGGGCUGCCCCCCACGCCCCCUCCGGGUACCCGGAAACCCUACAAGUGCACCGAGUGCGGCAAGGCCUUUGGGCAGAGCUCACACCUGAUGCGGCACUUGAGCACCCACACAGGCGAGAAGCCCUACAAGUGCAGUGCCUGUGCCAAGAGCUUCACCCAGAACUCCAACCUCCUGCAGCACCAGCGCACCCACACCGGCGAGAAACCCUAUGAGUGUGGCGCUUGCGGCAAACGUUUCCGCUGGAGCUCCAACCUCAGCCGCCACUGCCGUCUCCACAGUGGCCAGAAGCCCUUCCAGUGCAGCCAGUGCGGCAAAUGCUUCGGCGAGAGUGCCCAUCUGCUCGAGCACCAGCGCACCCACACUGGUGAGAAGCCCUACCGCUGCUCCGAAUGCCCCAAGACCUUCAGCCGCGGCUCCCACCUUGCUCGACACCGCCGCCUCCACGCAGCUGAGCGGGGGCCGGGGCCGGCCCUGGUGAUGCACCGGAGGCUCUGA